CUCUCUCUCUCUCUCUCUCUCUCUCCAGCUCUCACUCUACCUCUCUGUUGGCUGACUGUAGGUACGCCCUCUGCUCGAGUGUGUGUCGGUGUGGUCGGAGCGUGCUUGUGUGUUCAUGCGUGUUGGAAGCAGGUGGAUCACGGAUGCGUCUGCGAGCUCUUCAUCAAGCGUGUGUUUUGUGAGUCCGGAGCGCAUCAGCAUUCUGGAUAUAAUUCCUUCCCAGUGGAUACGGACGCACAUUAGGACGGCCACAGCAAACUGUCGUUGAACGUCCGUUUCAUCUGUUCUGGGAUUUUCCACUGAGGAGACAUUAAGACAGGGGAAUGUGGACGCGGGAGAGAACGUGUCUCUAUCUCCUGCACGAUUCCCUGUGAACCAGCAGCCUCCAUCCUAAAGAGCAGAGAAGCGUUUACUGCCCGUAACCGGUAGGAUGGUAGCAGGGGAAGUGAGUGGGCACAGCUUCCUGGUGGCAUGCUGGCAGCCCAUUCUAAUCUUAAUGCUGGGCACAGUGCUGUCUGGCUCUGCCACAGGCUGCCCAUCGCGAUGCGAGUGCAAUGCUCAGGAGCGUUCGGUCUUGUGCCACCGCAAGAAGCUGAUGUCCGUUCCAGAGGGAAUCCCGUCGGAAACACGACUACUGGACCUCAGCAAGAAUCGAAUCAAAACCAUCAACCCAGAUGAGUUCUCCGCCUUCCCGCAGCUGGAAGAGCUGGAGCUCAAUGAAAACACCAUUUCGACCAUCGAGCCUGGGGCUUUUAACAAUCUCUACGGCCUGCAGAGUCUGGGACUGCGCAGCAACAAGCUGAAGCUCAUCCAGUUGGGAGUGUUCACGGGCCUCAGUAACCUAACAAAGCUGGACAUCAGUGAAAACAAGAUCGUAAUUCUGCUGGACUACAUGUUCCAGGAUCUCUACAACCUGCGCUCUCUGGAGGUUGGGGAUAAUGACCUUGUCUUCAUAUCCCACAGGGCGUUUCACGGCCUCAGCAGCCUGGAGCAGCUCACGCUAGAAAAGUGCAACCUGACCUCUGUCCCGACAGAGGCCUUCACGCACCUGCACAGCUUGGUUACGCUGCGCUUGCGAAACCUCAACAUCAACAGCAUCAGAGACUACAGCUUCAAACGGCUCUACCGUCUCAAAGUGCUGGAGAUCGCCAACUGGCCCUACCUGGAUACUAUGACCACCAACUGCUUGUACGGAUUGAAUCUUACCUCCCUAACGAUCACUAAUGCAAACCUGACAUCAAUUCCGUACUUGGCCUUGCGGCAUCUGGUUUAUCUUCGUUUCCUCAACAUGUCCUACAAUCCCAUCCAGAUGAUCGAAGGCAACCGGCUGCAUGACCUGCUCAGACUGCAAGAGUUCCACCUGGUGGGCGGUCGACUGACAAUGAUCGAACCCUAUUCCUUCAGAGGACUGAACUACCUGAAAGUCCUCAAUGUGACCAGCAACUCCCUUACCACCCUGGAGGAGUCUGUAUUCCAUUCAGUGGGGAAUCUGGAGACCCUCGCAUUGUACGACAACCCGCUGGCUUGUGACUGCCGCCUGCUUUGGGUUUUCCGUCGGCGCUGGAGGCUGAACUUCAACCGCCAGCAGCCAACUUGCUCCUCACCUGAGUUCGUCCAGGGAAAAGAGUUCAAGGACUUCCCUGAUGUUCUGCAGCCCAAUUACUUCACCUGUCGCAAGUCUAGGAUCCGAGAUCGGAAACCCCAGCAGAAGUUCGUCGACGAAGGCACUACCAUCCACUUCGUUUGUCAAGCAGAUGGAGACCCGACACCUGUCAUCAUGUGGCUCUCUCCACAAAAACAAUUCAUCACCACGAAAACAAUAGGACGGCUUACUGUUUUCCCAGACGGCACCUUGGAGGUGCGCUACGCUCAGAUUCAGGACAAUGGGACCUACAUGUGCAUUGCUAGCAAUGCCGGUGGAAACGACACCGCUCUGGCCCACCUACAUGUCCACAGUUACUCACCAGACUGGCCCAAUCAACCCAACAAAACCUUGGCAUUUAUCUCCAACCAACCCAACGACAAUGGAGCCAACGGAACGAGAGCAACAGUCCCGUUCCCAUUUGAUAUAAAGACGCUAAUCAUCGCCACCACCAUGGGCUUCAUCUCGUUUUUGGGUGUGGUUCUGUUCUGCCUGGUUCUGCUCUUUCUUUGGAGCAGAGGCAAAGGCAACAGCAAACACAACAUUGAGAUAGAAUACGUCCCGCGCAAAUCGGACGCUGGGAUGAGCAGCGGCGGCGCCGAUGCCCCUCGGAAAUUUAACAUGAAAAUGAUCUAACCCAGCCAGGGAGCUCAAAAGACCCUUUCAAAAACAGACUCGUAAGGACAAAAACAAGAGAUUCCCUGCCUGAACAACCUCUGGCUCUGACGAGCACCCCAUAGAGGAGGGGUGUUUUUCCCCCUUUCUAAAGACGGAUGUGCGGCACAGGGGGCGGUGCUUUUGUUCAAUAUUGAACAUGAGAGGGGGAAAAUGUCCUCAUGCACACUCCUCUGUGAUGGCCGCUUAAACUCAGCCUACGGGGACCAAUAUCUUUGAGAGAGGAUUUUGUUUUAAAACACUUCAGUUCCUGUGGAUUUUUAUGGGUUAAAAAAAAAUACCAAGGAGAAAAAGUAAAAACCGAACCUCCAAAAUGUUGUGUCGACCUCCAGAAUGCAAAGGCAGAGCAUCCUUCUCCCUGCUGUCCUGCUGUCCGCAUCCUCUUCGUUUCUUUGUUUAUUUGUUCAUUUGUUCAUUUAACCCAUUCCUUCUUGUUUUCUACUAGUUUUUUGACAGAAUAACAGUAGAUAAAUCAGGGGUGAAAGCACAUUUAACAAACCUAAUUCAUCUUCUACUUUGUGUCUAACAACAGAAUGUGGAAAGUAACAGAUUGCAUUUCCAUCCCUGCCACAAAGAAAUACUUGUAUAGCGCAAGUUUCACAGCACAUUUCUUUCUUUGUAUCUGCGCUCUGCUGUUCGGUUCUCAUUUUGCUUUCGGAUCCGCAUUUUAAUGCAUUUGUUUGAUAAGCCGAGGGAAUUUUAUGACUCAAGCAUCUGGAUAAACAAGUGCAGGUUGUUUAUUGUUGGAUUAAUGGCUAGGCGAGUGAAAGCAGCGGUAAUUAUGUGACUUUCGUUGUGUGUUUUGCUUUAUUUUUAUGUAAAAAUGAUCACUGUAGACUGCAGUGAGCAUUUCUGUAGUGCCUGGUCAGGUUUAAACCCAUUUAAUGGCACUGCAGCAUCACAGCAUUUUUAUAUAACAAACCCAUUCCAAGUUUCAUGGGUUUCCUGAGGAGCUACGCCAAGGACGUAUAGCUCUAUCUCAGAGCGUGUAUGUGCGAAAGCGAGCGAGUUUUUAACAGAAUCAAUCAUUUCAUCAAAAGGUGAGAGUGUUAAUAUGCUCGACAGCACUCGAUCACCUUCACCUGCCACCGCCGUUGAGUCUCGCACCUGUCUCAUGCUCUCAGAUCUGUCUCAUGGGUCUUAACACCUGUCUCGCACCUGUCUAACAGUCUUAGUCUUAGACCUGUCUUGGUCUCAGAUCAAUUAUUCCUUACAUUAUAUGAAGCGUUGCUACCCAAAGAAACCGUUUUAAAGUUACCCAGCACAUCUGAGGACUCAAAUGGUGCUGUUUUGUUAUGAUGACAGAUCCAAGAGGGGAAUUCGCUAAGAAUGAGCGCUCUAGGAUAACGUUGUUUUGUAUCUAUUUCCACAGACGGUAAUAGCGUAACAUUAGACAAUGUUUGUGAAUAAAGAAGUGGAAGUAAAUUUAAGGAAGUAGGCCAAAAAGAGAGCACAAUUGCGCAGUGCUAGUGAGUAUGUAGCAGGUUUUUGUGCCGAAACGCAACGGUUUAAUGAAUUCGCUCCACAGUCCAGCUGUGUUUUAAGUGUACGUUUAAUCUGGGCCAAGCCGAGCAGGUGAUUUCCGUGGAAGGACACUGAGCUGUGUUUAUGCACUGGAUUUUGCUCGGGUGUAGAUGGGUUUCGCCUCGCUAAGUGGUUUGUGCUGCUGACUGAGGCUGCAGAUGGAGAAGCCACACAGAUGGUUUAACCCUUGCUGAUCCACUUUAGCGUUAAUCUGACACAUGCACACACACACACACACCUGAAUCUUUCUCUGAUCCUCUGCCUCUGUGGUCUACCUGCUGUUUUCAUCCUAUUACGUCGAAUAAAUCUUUAUAUGACCUCCGCCCUCUCCGACAUUCAGCCCAGGACGAUAAUGUGCAUUAAUGUGGUCCAUUAUAUUCUUUUAUACUAAAGAAAAAACGCAAACCUAAAAAGGUGAAAAAAUCUAGUAUGGAAAAUGUUUAAAUUGUUCUGUGCAAUAAAGGUAAUAUGCAUUUUGUUUUCUUUUUUUUUUUAAUUAACACAAUUUUAUUGAUGUUGAAUUGUUGAAAAUAUGGUAUGUUGUAUUAAACAAUCUAUGGAGAUUUUUUUACCAAAAAUGUGCCUUGUUUAUUUUGCUCUGCAGGCGAAUCUUUUGGCGUUUACGCAGUUAAUGUGAAAUAAUAUUAACCAGCAGGUAAGAAAACAGUGUCAUUUUAUCGUAAUGGGUUUCCUGUGUUUCUGUCGGAGUCAUUAUGGUAAUGCAGGACCCGUUGAAUGUUGUAAAGUUACUGUAUAUGUAAGCGCUGAGCAAGGACAAAUAAGAAAUUUUAUUUUCUCUGAAUAAAAGGGUUCACACAUACAGUGAUUUACAGGCGACAAAAUGACUGGAAGUCACUAAAAUAGAACAUCUUGUUUUUAUUUUGCUACGACCAGUUGUGAAGCUCCCAUUAACGCUCAUCCAGUGCUUAUUAGCAACCAACAGUACAGAAACCUCAUGACCUCCGUGAUAAAAUCACUGUAUGUGUGAAUGGAGCUACAAAUGGGG